AAAUUAUAAAAAGUUUAAUAUAAACAAAAAGACAAUUAGGAGACAAAGGAAAUAACGCAAAGGGUUAAAACGGCCGGGUGCCUUGGUGCGCUGCCAAGAGCACACCUGGUAUCUGGGGAACACUUUUUUUAUCCCCUCCUGCUGUGAGGGUUUAAUACAUAUUCAAACUUUUUCAACAAGUAUUUAGCAUGUCCCCUCCUUGGUUCCACCUAUUUAGAACAUGAUCUGUAUAGUUUUUACUUUUGCUGACAAUCAUUAUUUCUGCUGGUCAUCAUUAUUCUUGCUGACCAACAUUAUUUUUAGUCUGGUUUCCUUUCUUCUGCAAAUGGUCAGUGUUGAUAACAGUCUGGGCCCCUCAUCCUUCCUUUGAGGGCAGCUGGGCUUCAUAUCUUUCCCCCCUCCUGCCGACGGCCUGAUCUUGGAUUCAGAUAACAACUUGGGCUCUAUUGUUCUUCCACUGACAACAGCUUGGGCCCCACUGUCUUUGCCCUCUGCGGUUUCCUUGCUUGUACUUAGGAGAUGCCUUUAAGCUUAGAACUUGUUAGCAAGAAAAAAAGUACAUACAUAGCCAAAAAGUAUUUAACAUAUAAUAUUCAUCUUAAUACUUGCAAAAGCCAAUAUCACAAUAUAGAUUUAUAACAGUUGGUUCUCUGUAAAAUUAAAGCCAAGCCCUGAUCGUGCAAGCACAUAAGUAUGAGAGUAACUUCAUGCCUGUGAUCUGCUCCACUGGACACAUUUAAGUGUUUGCAAGUAGCUACUUAACGUGUUCUCAGUGUCUUGUAUAGUAAAUGCCCUCUCCUGUUUAACUGCGUAGAGAGAACAGUUGGUUAGGGGGUUUGUUUUGUUGUUUUUGUUGUUUUGUGUAUGUAUGUCUGUUUUUAGGCAAGUAAAUUAGGGUUUUUUUGUAUUUGGCAGUAAAAAAUCAUCUGGUCAUUUCCAGAUGCAGCUGACAGAGAAGACAUAAUGUAUUGGAAUAUAAUUUCUAAUGAGUAGAAACUGCAUUAGGCCUCAUUGAAGGAAACUCUUCAGUCUUAUAUCAGAGUGACAGAUGAGGACCCUGUAGACCUAUUUGCUUUUACAAAUGGCAUUUAUAAAGCUAACGUUCUCUUCCAAUCUUGAAAAGAAAGUACAGAAAAAUUGAAAGCAAACAAAAAAAAUUAGUUCAAAAUAAAAUUAGUUUUCAUAUUUUAAAAUAUUUAAGUAGAAUGUACAAAGUUGAAAAUAAUAUUAAUUUGUUUUGAGAUUAAUUUUACUCCAGAGUCCUAAUUUUAAACUUUUUAUAUUUACUUUUUAAUGUGUUUUGUAUGAAGGAGCAAUUUAAAAACUUUUAUACAUUUUGCUAACUAAUACAAUUGCAGGUUUUAUGUAGUUUAUGCUUUCAUAACAAACCUGUAAAUUGUUUCUUGAGGUUUUUAGAACCGAAUACUCUAUGUUUGCUGCUGUUGAAAACUUCUUUUCUGCUCCUGCCAUAGCAUUUUGCUGGGAAUAUCUGGAACUAAUGCAGUGUGGACACUUGGCUUCCUAGCUGCUAUUCCACUGAGUUUCACAUUUUAAAAACACAGACUCACCCUGUAAAAGCUGAAAUAUCAAAGUACUUUUAAAUAUAAAUACUUUAUAAAAAUAGGAAUUAGCAAUGAUUCCUUCUUACUCUAGCAAUGCUCCAGCCCUAUAUAAUAAACAAUGAAAAAGUCUGAUGAUAUGAAUAUAGAUAAAAUAAAACUUGAAAAUUGCUUCUGAGGCCACUAAAUUUGAACAAUCUCAUCAAUGGAGAUUAAAAAUUCCAUCAUUUGGAUAAAUGAAAAUGGGUAAUGUCUACAUGGAAGUGAUGGGAAACAGAGUUGCUAUUACAAUACAGGAUGUUGACCUGAAAGCAUGUCAGGGAGCUUUAGGUGACUGCUGUCCACCUCAAGGAGAGGAUCAGUUGGAACUGCAAGAAGAAGAAGAGAAAGACAUAAAUCAAAGGAACAGCAACCAUGUAGAUUCCCUUCUCUCCUUAGAGGGCUAUUUACAGCUUCUGUCAUCACAGGUGGAAAACAUGCUAGAGGUGAACUUACUGGAAGAUACACAAGUUGCUACUUCUAGUAAAGGCCAAGACCCAUCAUCCUCAGACCACAAUAUAAAUUUGACCCAGACACUUCAGAACAGUUUUGGUCCUUCUGAUGGCAUGCUACUAGGAACAGACUACCCCACUCAAUUAAAUUCAAAACCAAGACAUUUACAAAGGCAAGAGUUCUUUCCUCAAUCAAGCUCUGAUAUCACAAAUCCAGAAUCACUGUUUCAUGGGUCAAAUUUGACAGGGCUGUUUUCAGCUGCUGACAUUAGAAAUCUAACAGCCCAUGAUGAUAAUUUUGAUGAAAUUAAGCUCAUGUCUUUGGCUUUGGAGGAAGGCUUUAGUCCUAUAGAAGUUUCUCAGAUGUUUGAAGAGCCUGGCUCAGAUUUGGGACCAUCUUUGAAUUCAAAUCACUGUACCACCUCUUAUUCAAUCUGCUGUGAAGAUUCUGUUGGGUACAGCAGUGGUGUUAAAGCUGUUCCUUCACAUGGCUUAGGAGCUGUUGGUGGCCACUGCCAAGAAAACAUUAAGCACAGCCACAUGGAAUAUCCGGGUGAUACAGAGUGUUCUGCAGAAGCCACACUUCAGCAGUUUCUUCAAAAUCACACAUACAAUCAGCUGCCAAAUCAAACAGCAUCCACUCCACAGCAUCAUCAACAGAUGUGGAUGAAGAAAUCAAACGAAGUGAAGGAUAGGUGCCACAAUUCUGCUGCUACAAACCAGAGCAGAGAUGAAUGUCGUGCAAAAGCUCUGAGAAUACCAUUUUCAGUUGAUGAAAUUGCGAGCAUGUCUGUUGACUCUUUCAAUGCCAUGCUAGCAAAGAACCAGCUAACAGAAACUCAGGUAUCACUUCUGCGUGACAUCAGACGAAGAGGAAAAAACAAAGUAGCUGCACAAAAAUGUCGUAAACGCAAACUGAAUGCAAUUCUUAACUUGGAAGAAGAUGUGUGUAACCUCCAAACACAAAAGGAGACCCUUAAAAAGGAGCACUCCCAGUGUAGCAAAUCUAUCAACCAGAUAAAGCAAAAAUUAAACUACUUGUACCAUGAAAUUUUCAGCAAGCUGAGGGAUGACCAGGGUAGACCUGUUAACCCGUGCCAAUAUGUCAUUCAUUGCAGUAGCAGUGGUAGUGUUUUCAUAAUGCCCAAGCACUUGGCCAAAUCUGAACAGAAACAAGAUAACAGAAAAGAGCAGAAACAAAAGUAAAAUGACUGGAGAUCACCUAAAUCACCUUUAUUUCGCCUGAAAGAAUGAUAAGAAUACUUGAGAGAAGACUAAAGGUCAGUGAUUACAGCAGUUCAACUACACUUGAGGAGAAACACUCUGUGUUGAAGGGUCUGGCAAACCCAACCAGCUGUGAUCUAUUAGAAGGUCCAGAAGCUGAGGCCUCUAGAUGAGGAUAUCUGUUUAGUUUUAGACUUAAAGGAACUAGACCAUCAGUGUAGUGUAGCUUUACAGACCUGUGUUAAAACUAGGAAUUUAGUUACUGGUAAUGGGGGCAGAGGGGAAGAACAUUAGUGAGGGAUAAAACUCAACUUUAGAUUGUUACACAUGCAGGAUAAUGUUUUAGUCUUGAAUACUUGAUUCUUUAUACAGAAAAUGACCUUACUUUAUUCUCUAGCACUGAAAGAAAAAAUAUAGUUCUAGUGCAUCUUCAGCUUAAAUUCACUGUGGUUUUCCAUCAGCUCAAGAGAUAACUGCAUGCUUUGCAUUUAUUCAGAAUAGCUCUGCUUUUCCUAGUUUUCCUUAGGAGAGCAGCCCAGGGGGCUACUGCAUUUUUCCUCACUACUUUCACCAUAGUAACACCAAAGAUAAUCUGCCACUUAAUUUUACAACUCAUACACUCAGUCUGCAAACAGAUGCUGAAAAAUAGUGUCUGAUUCAAUCCUGUCUUACCUUCAUCCUCCGCAACUGAAUCAUUCUCAACUUUCUUCCACAAAAAUGCCCAAUGGUGGAGUUCCUGUUCAGUUUCCUAGUGACUGUGAUACUUACUUGUGUACCUUCUCUUUUCCUCCCAUUUUGACACCUUCCUAAAGAAGUACUAGAGGUUUUUCUCUGUGGCUUUUUUAACUAGUAUUUUUAAAGCGUCUUUAAUGUCCCAGAUUUAAUUUCUUAUAAUAUACAUUUUACCUAGUCUUUAAAUUAAAUGGAACCAAAUUACUAUUUAUCUAUACUUGUAAUUAUGAGGUUACACUUUGCUAGUGCUCCAAAUCUUUUUUGAAGAUUUUUUUUUGGUUUGACAUUUAUCUGUGCUAUUAAAAAGAGGUUUUAUUCACUCAUGUACUUUCAACAUCCUAUCCUUUACUGUUUUACAGCGUGAAAAAGGUCUGCAAAAGAGAUGGCCUAAAAGGCCUGUAAUGAAUGAUAAAGGAGUGUUGAGGUAUAUUAUGAUGAAAAUAACUACUACUAUUAGUGUCUAGAUAACAACAAAUACUUUUUGUUCACUUUACUUAAAAAUUUCUUAUUAAUCAUGGUAUGAUGACAACAGAGCAUUCAGGUACCUUCAAAAUCACUUGUACCAAACAUGUAAAAACUACACAUACAAGGUUAAAUGCCAAAUAAUACCUACUGAAGAAACAAACUGCCACUAGCAUGGAAGUCACAUUGGAUGCUUGCACACGUCUGUAAAAAUUGGUAAGAUUAAGUGGUGUUUUCUAAAAAGGGAGCCCUAAGGUAGUGACAAGUGCACUGAACUAUCAACAAUGAAAUCAGCCUAUUUGAACAAUUUUCUCAGCAUUUUCUAUUAAAAGAUUUCUUCAAAUAAAUAUGUGCACGUGUUCUUUACUGGUUUCACCACAGCCUCAAAUUGCUAAGUACAAAUUCAUAGCAGAAAGUCUCAUGAUUGAGGCCAUGCAAUUUCUUGUUGUUGGUUAAGUAUGAGAUACAGGUGUCCCACCUCGUAUUCACAUGGAAUUUGUCUACUGGCUAGACCACAAACUUCAAUCAAAACAUGCAAUAGGUGUCAGAUACUACAUAUGAUGAACUGUGAACUUUAUUUCUCUUUGUAGGGGGAAACAAGUACAUAUUCAAAUCAGCAUGAUCAUAAUAGAUUAAAUGACAUCAUAAACAUUUUAAAAUCCAUGCACUUACCCUCUGCAGGAUGAGGUCUUUAAACCUACUUCACUGCCCAUGUGCCUAAAUUCUGCUAGCUACUAGAUGAGGCUCGUAACUGAGAAAUCCAGAAAGCCAAGUAUUUCUGUUUUAGAGCCUCUCAUGGGGACAAGAGAAAAAAAAAGCCUUUUUGGUGCCCACUCCUUCACUAGCAAUGGCAGGUGAGCUCUGUGGAUUUUUGUAAGGCCAGCUGUUAAUGGAGUAUUGUACAUAUCAAAUUGGGAAACAGAUAAAUUUUGGCCCAUGCCAAAAAUAAAGCGUACUGUAACCCUUUCACAACACAAUCCCAGUGGAAAGCCUCUUACUCCAACUGAUCCAUUGAAGACAUCAGCCCCAAUCCCAUUCCCUUACCUGUCAAUUUGCAGAUUGUAAAGGAUUAUGAACUGCCCUCAGCUAAUUCAACUGUCAUUAUUGCCCAGUAACUGUGUCUUUACCAAGUUGAUGAACCUCAGUUCCUCAGAACCCAACAAGCAACUCUACCCCCACAAGAACUCUGGAGAUGAAAUUCUAGUUGUGGAUGGACUGCAACAAUAUUGAUGACACAAUGAGUGUUAUGUAUGGAUGUGUAUUUUUUCAAACCAUCAGCUACCUGCCCACAGGACAAAACCAUAGGUAGAGUUCAGACCAAUAUCCUGUUUUUUAAUUGGAGUAUAUACUUGUAUUUCAUCUAAAAGCUGUUGAAGUGUCUUCCUUUUCUGCAGCUAGCAUGUGUUUAAAGAAAAUUACCAAACACACACAAAAAAAAAUCCACACCAAACAAAAAUCCCCAAACAUUGCCUGGUCUUGGCUAUGCUUUAUAGUUUCAUGUCCUCAAAUGAUGUGUGGUUAGGAUAGACAGCCUGAAGCUUAUGUACUAGCCUUAGACCGUAUUUGCAACCUCUAUACCAAAACACUCUAUUUUUGAACUUUUCAGGUAAACAGGACUGAUCGACGAAAGUUGUUACUGAAAGGGUUGUAAAAUGUGGAUAACACCCGACUGCUGAAGUCUGUCUUGGCUUUAUUAUUGACAGAUCCUAAAUUUUCACAAAAUCAAAAUCUCAAGUGUACAACUCAGGAACUUUAGUGCAUGAAAAGAAACCAUGUGGUAUCCUACUCUGGAGCCAGAUGUGACUAAGCCAUUACAGCUGUAUCUUACCUUAAUACUACUCUGAAACACAGGUCUGAUGUUAGGCUGAAAACACUUUUUAAUUAUAGCGAGGAAACCACUAACCUGAUGAUUAUAGACAGCUGUUGACAUCAAAAAACAGAAAUACAGAAGGGGGAGAAAUCAUUAAAAUACUGUUCCCAUGGCAAAGCUUUUAAGUAGUCUGUAACACUUCAGUGGUAAACUACAUUUUUCUAUUUUUAAUAAGAGCUUAUCUGCAAGAAGUUAGGGAAGGUCAGAUUAAGUAAAAGGAAAAACUGGGUGGUGUGCCUGUGACUGUGCACAUAUACUGUAUUCCCAUUACUGAUCGCAGCAAGAUGUUACCUGCUGGCCAAGAUUCACACCUGUUCUGGAGAAACAUCCACCAGUAACAAAUGCAAGCCAAGUACUCCAUCAAACUGCAACCCCCAUUGCACUUUUUCUGACGUAUAAGGCUGGACAGUCCUAUAAAGGCAUCCUGCAAACAAGCACACCCAGAACAGACAGCAUUUUGCUAAAACACUACAUGCACUUUGAGAAUGACCAAUACAGUAAAGUACAGCUUUAAAUUAAUGUUUUAGGUUUUACAUUUUAUUCAAUAGUUCUGGCUUUUUACAACGCCAAACUUUACAAGCUAAGGAUGUUCCUGCUCAAGAGCUUACAAUCUAGUUUUAGAUGGGGAACCAGAAAAAACUUCAAUGAGGAAAGGACAAAGCACUUCUUGAGUAUCAACCUGUCAAUCUUUGUCCCAAAACACACACACACACAUUAGUUCUUUCUCUGAGAGUAAGUACAGCUCUAACAAUCUUGAGGACAGAGAUGGCAGAGACCUAUAAAUGAGGCAACAGGACACUCGACAGCAGGGUGUAGUGGAAAAACUCUUUUAUUAUGGAAACCAAAUAGAGAUGGCAGAUGUAACCAGGUGAAGUCUUACUACUGUAGUGUACCUCAUGAAGUACUGCAACUUGACACCUGCUGCACAGCUACUAGAAUUCUGAUGUCCAUCACCCAUUUUCAUUCAAGAAUGCCCCAAAAUGAACCAAGCAAGGGGGAGGGAAGAGUGCUGGUAACAGCAAUUUCCUAGGACUUUCCCCCUGUCACCCUUUUUUGUACAGUGGAGCAGCAUGGGAGGUCACACAAGCUAGUUUGUGAGGUCCCCAAACACUGUUGACCUAAUAUAUUCAUAGCACUCUGUCAGGCAAGUCACACAAGUAUUUAUACACUGUUUAUUUUACUGCUGAUAGACAAACCAGUUCUUACUCCAUUAACUGGAGUAACUCCUGACAAAAUUUCUGUGCAACACAAACCAACAGUAGCUGCAAAGCAAAAACAUGACCAUGAAAAGGGACAUUACUUCUGGCAAAAUGGAUCAUUACCUUGGCAAACCCUUCCAUAUGACACUCCUAUGCAUUCCUAGACACACUGAAUGGUAUGGUUGAAAAAACAUGGCUGAAGAGGAACAGCCAUCUCCCUUAGGCAGAAAAGAAGCAACAGCACUACUACAGGGUUCCACCUGCAUCACACACUCUGCUUCAAAAAUGAACACUAAACCUGCAGGGAAUGUACAGCCCCAAUAUAUUCCCAGCAAAUGAACCUUCACCAAUGAGGUCCAGAGCUGCCAAAACAACCUCAGCUGAUAACGGUUUGAAAUUUCAGAUCCAUUUCUGGGGCUUGGGUUUUCUCUCCCAGAAGUGGUAUUUCAUCACCAAGAGAUCAUGUACAUUCAUCAUCAUACUAAAAGAAUACAGUCUUUCCUACACAUCAUAAAGUUCAAGUCCUGUUCAUUUCACAGUGUAACAGCAAUUGUUCACAUUUUCUUUAAUGUUUUUUAGCACCUGCAGCACAACAGAAGUAAAAUUCAACUUUCAUUGUAAGUAACACAAAGUCUGAGUGGCCAGAACCCUACUACUGACCUUUUUUCACCAUCAUUUUAUAAAUACAAGUCAUACUAUUUUUGAGUGGUCUUUGGCUCACACACCAGUUAUCAACAAGUUGUGUUGUUUUUUUCUUCCCUCAGUUUGCUGUGCAAAGUGUUCACUGGGGGAAAGCUGGACCUAGUACUGACAACCUGAUCCUCAGUUGUUAGUACCUGCAAACACUGUAAUGUUACACUUCCUUGGAAGACAAAGUCUGUAGUGACAAAAUCCUACUUGAUAAAAAGAAUACAUUGCCUACAAAUUGAUGACCAGGGACUGCCCACACAAUACUGCUUUUAUUUGAAGUUGCUAAAAACUCCCAGUAUCAGGCUGACUCAGAAGCGUGACCUCCCUCACCACAUUCAUUGGUGAACAUUGUUGACUGUCACAUGCCUUAACUUUAAGACCACAUCAAGAGAAAAGCUGUGGAAGUUCAACAGUAGGACGUCAGGAAACUUAAAAUACACACACCAGGUUUUCAAACCUCAACUUUAAAUAUCCAGUAACUUCACUCUUGUGCAGUGCUGUCCCCCCUGUAUACUCCCUUCCCUCAGUGCCAACAGAUCAAAAUGAGACAGUACUCAUUAUGGAAACCAUGCUCAACUGAAGUAGAUUUUAAACCUUGUUGCUAAACUACGGAAAUAGUAUUUUAAACAGAAAAAUAAUUACUGCCUUUUGAAGUGGUUUUGUUAGUUCUUUAAAAUGGUGUAUGAAUGUGGACUUGGCAACUGUAAAGAAAAAACUUCCAUCAACUACAUCUAAGUUAUAGGAAAGAAGGCAAAUUCCUUAUGAUCUGGUCAUUCUGUUGGAAAGAAGAAAGUAAAGGAGAUUUGUGCAUCUUCAUUUUCUGCUUCCGUUGCAGCCCACCGGUCACCUAUGCAAGUAUUUCAAAGUUCAACUUAAACAGAAAAAAAUUUUAUGUGAAUCCUUAAACAGUAUUAUAAAGGUUAAAGACACGAUGAUUCUGCCAAAGCAUAUAAAUUUCAAGUUUUGAAUAAACCAUGCAUGAAGAUAAAUGUUAAAAUAGUAUAACCUCAAGAUACACUCUCCAACUGAAGCUUUCCCAAGCUCACACUUGGUGUUUGUUUUAGUAGUUUCAUUUGGUUUGGCAUUUUUUGUUUUGGUAUUUUUCUUCUGCCCCCAGAUGCACCUAUGGGUAAUAGAGUUUUGUACAGCAGGUCUGUCUGUCUUCAUGCUAAAAGCUCUUUAAAAGUGAAAAGGAUAAAGCUCUUGUCCUAUUGCAUCUGACAAACUGACUUAGGUCAUAGUUUUGUUAACAGGCAAGUAGGUAAUAUAAAACACAGCCAAAAAAAAAGCUACUUUUAAGCACUUGUGUCCAACAGCACAGAUAUCAGCACUUCAAAUUUGCAGCACUGUUUCUCCCAAAAGAGAACAGAUGCCCAUGGUCAGAGAAACAAGUUCCAUGAACACGUG